AUGCCCAGAUACUACGCUAUCGACUGCGAGAUGGUUCAGAAUAACAUGAACCAGGGCAUGCUCGCCAGAGUAUCCCUUGUGGACGAAGAUUUAAGAAUAGUUAUGGACGAAUAUGUGAAACCUACUCACCCUAUAUCAGACUACCGGACCUGGAUAUCUGGAAUACAGCCUGGAUAUGAACGGGACGCUAAACCGAAAAGUGAAGUCGUAAAUCGUUUGCGGAAUAUUAUCCAUGGGCACGUGCUUGUGGGGUUUGACAUUCAGAAAGACCUGGAUGUUUUGGGAAUAAGUCACCCGAAUGUAAGGGACAUAGCGACAUACGGUCCCUUUCUAAAAAAUGGCCAAAAACAGUCGCUUAAGACUUUAGCCUAUCAAGAGCUUGGUAUAAACAUACAAAACGGAUCUCACGACUCCGUUGAAGAUGCGCGAGCUGUUAUGAAGAUCUACAAGAAACAUCGAUUUUAA